UCUUUACUUCUUCUCCAUAUCCCACCACCAAUCAAUUAACCUUCUCCAUUGCUGGUCACAAACCCUCCUCCAUGGCCUCUGUCUGUGCCUCCUCCGCCAUGGCUGCUGUUGCCACCAUCUCUCCCAGUUCUCAGAAGACUGGGUCUGUUGUGGGAGCAACCAAGGCCUCUUUUCUUGGGGGGAAGAGACUGAGCCUGAAGAAGUUCACGGCACCGGCAGCUGGGACGCGGUCUUUUACUGUAUCCUCGGCGGCUGCAGAUCCUAACAGGCCUCUUUGGUUCCCAGGCAGCACCCCUCCUCCAUGGCUUGACGGCAGCCUUCCUGGAGACUUUGGUUUCGAUCCCCUUGGCCUUGGAUCUGAUCCGGAGACACUGAAAUGGAUGGUUCAGUCAGAGAUAGUGCACUGCAGAUGGGCAAUGUUGGGAGCAGCUGGAAUUUUCAUCCCAGAGUUCCUAACAAAAAUCGGGAUACUAAACACCCCAUCCUGGUACACUGCUGGAGAAUUGGAGUACUUCACCGACAAAACCACACUCUUCAUUGUUGAGAUGAUUUUCAUCGGUUGGGCUGAGGGGAGAAGAUGGGCUGACAUCAUCAAGCCUGGGUGCGUCAACACUGACCCCAUUUUCCCCAACAACAAGCUCACCGGGACUGAUGUUGGCUACCCAGGUGGGCUCUGGUUCGACCCUCUUGGCUGGGGAAGCGGUUCGCCCGACAAGAUCAAGGAGUUGAGAACAAAGGAGAUCAAGAAUGGGAGAUUGGCUAUGUUGGCUGUGAUGGGUGCUUGGUUCCAAGCCAUCUACACUGGCACUGGCCCCAUUGACAACCUCUUUGCCCACCUUGCUGAUCCCGGGCAUGCCACCAUUUUUGCUGCUUUCACCCCCAAGUGACAGAUGCAAAGGAGAAUGGUAUCUUCUAGGAAAACAUUGGUGAAACAUGUUUGGAGACCAAGAAAGGACAUGGGAAAAUGUGUGUUUUUCAGAGAAAUGUUUGUAUCAUUGGAACUUGUAUUGCCUCUGAUUAUGUCUUCUAAGAAUGCUCAUGUAGUGUACAAAUACCUCUAUUAACUUAGAUUCCAUUUAAACAAGUUGGUCGUCA